AUGGAGGGUCACCGAAGGAAGAGUGUGUGGUUGACCAUCGGAAUUGGUGCAUGUUGUGCAUCGAGGGAUGAGGUUGUAUCUGAGCAAAAAGGUCACAGUGGUCGAUCAGCUGCGCAGAUACACGAGCAACCUCAAGCCAUGCCAGUUUCUCCGACAAACCCUUUGGCCCCACGUUCGAGACCAGGUCAACUUGUGAGCCAACACAUAUCACAAUGGGUCACGAGUAGUCGCGAGUACGCAGCGAGAGCAUCCUCCCGCGCAAGUCUUUCCACGCUCACGCGGCCAAAACGAUCCCAUUCCCGACCUAGUAUCAGUGGGCCAACAAACUUCCGUCAUUUCGACGGCUUCGAUAGCAUCGAGUUCAUGGACACCGACACAUCUACAAACACCCGACGCCGCAGUUUUCGCCCUCUUCAGCUUUCCAUGUACGGCAGCGACGGUUGUGGACGGCUAUCACCUCUCCCCGACUUUCAAAGGGAAGACAAUUGGACGAGUAAGCCGUCGCCACUAAGCAUGCCCGCGCAGGCGCGAGUUCGCGGAAGCGAGGCAGUAACAGGCCCUUACUUCUCCAACCCUUCGUCACACAAUAUCCCAAGGAAGCCGGUAGGUUCCGGCUCGCGACGUUCAAGUGUGCAAAGCGUGCAGAGUAUGGCGACCCAUGAGAGGAGGUUUUCGGGCUCAACAGUAAGCACAGUGGCUACACCAGCCCUACCCUCGUGGGACGAAAAACCGAGAGCCACUUCGGAAUCAGUGAUUCGUGGGUCUGGGCUACUGCGGCGCUCACGCACUUCUGGGACGAGUACACCUGCUCGUGUGCUCUCUCGCCUACCUUCACCGUCUCGCAGUCGAGCCAACACUGCACCGACACGACCAAGCAGUCUCCGCCGCGCCAAUACAGAUGUAGACGAGGCGAUCCGAGAAUUGAACACGAUUGUUGAAGAGCGUCGAGCCUCAGCCUACCACUCCCACAUUCAAGCUCCCGCCCUCAGCAACCGUGUCCCUCCAUCGCCGUCUCACCACGUACCUCACUUUGCGCCGUCGAUGCGAAUGCACGUCCGGUCAGAGACACUCUCAGACAUUGGCUCCGCAUUCUCAGUUCCACUAGCCAGCAAACCUCUUCCGAACCCGCCGACAAGCUCGACGCCUGCGUUACGCCGAGCACCCAACUUCUCGCUCUACCCACCAGCACGCAACUUCACAGGUCCUUUGACCUCCAACCCAAUCACACCUCCUCCCCCAAAGACCGCAAGCUCGACAUCCACAGCUUCUCUCCACCGUCUGAGCAACUGGCUCCGCCGCUCCUCAUCCCGUCCCACUACACUGAAAUCAACCAUGCCCCCUCCUUUCUACAAAGUCGAGUACCCGCCUGUGCCCGCCCUUGCAUCGCGACCCAGCACGGCAGGAAGCCGCACCACCUACCACGGACGUCAGGACUCGACAGACAGCGCCGAGACAGGUGCCACGACGGUAACGCUCGUGUCCUCGUACUCAACCUCGCGUUCGCAGUCACCAGACGCGGAGCCGGCGACCCACGCCCGUGUCAACGUGCUCAAGGGAACGGGACGCCCAAGACGUGUCCCCGCACCUCUCACCUUCCACACGGACAAGGAAAUCGAGGUCGCUCUCUCGAGCGACAGAAGCACCCGGAGCGCGCGUGGCAUGCGGGAGAUGUGGCCUCCCGUCAGCCCGAGCUACGACAUCCUGCCUGGUCAGGAGUUGUUUGCCAAGGAUGUCGGUCUGCACAGUGGCCGCCGAUUCCCCCCCAGCAGCCCGUCCAUGGUCGGCGUCGCGUUCUAA